ACCAAAUCGGCUUCAGAUUACACGUGGCGACUAUCAAACGCGUCAGUAUUGUAUCAGCUUUCACAUACAAUGAAUAUAAUAACCUUGAUCGUGCUAACCUCGUUCACUUAUCUAACCCAUAGUGCGCGCAUUCUAGGUGUUUUCCCAUUCAUCGGCAAAAGUCACUACUUUCUUGGUAGUGCUUUAAUGCGUGCUUUAGCUGAACAAGGCCACGAUGUCACGGUCAUCAGUCCUUUCGGUGAGAGAACUCCCCCCAAUGGGUCCUACAGAGACAUCGUACUAGUAAAAACUCGUGAAACUUUCGAGAGAAAACUGAAGGUUAAUAUGUUCGACGUCGGUGAACUAAACCCCCUCAUUUCCCUACCUUUCCUGAUGAUUAUGUUAUCGGAACUCGGUACUUUAACCCUACAGGAACCACCCGUGCAAGAACUUAUCCAUUCCGACGAGAAAUUCGACGCUGUUAUUGUUGAACAGUUUCUCAUUGACGAUUUAAAAGCUCUCGCGUCGCACUUCAACGCAGUCCAAAUUGUGUUCAGUUCCACGGGCAGCAACCUUUGGAUUGACUCCCUAGUUGGUAACCCAUCUCCACCAUCCUACGUCCCGUCAGCCGGUCUAAGUUAUUCGUCUCAAAUGACGUUCUUGCAAAGAGUAACCAAUACUUUAGUCUAUUUGUUGAAUGUGGUGAUGAUGCACGCUUAUGUGUACCCAAACAACGAACAAACCGUUCAAAAAUACAUCCCCGGAGCCCCCCACAUAGAAGACUUUCUUUACAACGCGUCUCUAGUACUAUUAAACUCGCACCACAGCUUCAGCCAACCCGUUCCUCACGUCCCAAAUAUGGUCGAAAUAGGUGGUUUCCAUAUCAAACCCCCCAAAAAACUACCACAAGACUUGCAGACAUUCCUAGAUGGAGCCACAGAAGGUGCCAUUUAUUUCAGCAUGGGUUCAAACUUGCGCAGCGUGGAUCUACCCACCGACAAACGCGACGCGAUUUUGAACGCUUUCGCCAAACUGAAACAAAAAGUGUUGUGGAAAUGGGAGGACGAAGAACUACCAAAUAAGCCGAAAAAUGUAGAAGUGGGAAAGUGGUUGCCACAACAAGAUGUUCUAGCACACCCGAACGUCAAGCUUUUUGUUACCCAUGGUGGUCUGCUAAGUACCACGGAAACUAUAUAUUUCGGGGUGCCAGUUUUGGCAAUACCCAUCUAUGGUGAUCAAAAAAUGAACGCCCAGUUGGCGGUGAACGACGGUUAUGGUCUAUCUUUGCCUUACAAGGAGGUCAAUAAAGAAACGUUUGCCCAGAAUUUGGACGAAGUGUUGAAUAACCCGAAGUACUCGAAUAACGCUAAAGCUAAGUCAAAGCUGUUCCAUGAUCGGUUGAAGACGCCUAUGGAGACUGCUUUAUACUGGAUUGACUACGUUAUUCGACAUAAAGGAGCCCCUCAUUUGAGAGUAGCGGCACUUGAUUUACCCUGGUACAAAUAUCACGUGUUGGAUGUUAUUGGUUUCGUGGUUUUAGUCGCCGCGAUAGGUGGAACAGUGUUUUACGUGCUUUUGACAAGAAUGUGUCCACUAUUGUUUAAAAGACUGAAGAAUAAAGUAAAAACUAAUUAAA